AUGGUCAAUCGUUCCUUCCUACUUUGCCAAAGGUGGCUCAAAAAUGUCUUCCCUAGUCUGUCUAUCCUUAAUGAUAUCCCUUCCCGCCUUUUCAAACGGGGGGAGGGGGGGCGGGGGCCGGAUCAAGAGAUUCGGAACGGCACGCUCCUGAAGCAGAGGGUAGAGGCACAGGAGAUGUUUUCUGCGCACUGCACGGCGUCGCCGUCGACGUGGUGUCGUCUGCAGGUCUGCGAGUGUGGCAUUCGGUUCUCGUUGUCGCCCAGAGGCUUGUGGCGUUGUGUUUGUCUUUAGUCGCGAUUUCGUUUUUAGUCGGGCGGGAGGGGUGUCGCGAAUGGUGUUAUUGUCUUGUGGAGUUGGGGUAGAACGUAUUUACGAGGAUGUUUUGUUUGCAGUAUGCUGUCCCCUCUUUUUUGUUUGUUUUUUCCGCGAUCGCCGUCCUGCGUGCAGGCGACGCGAUUCUUUAGGAUGCAAGCAGGUGGUUUUUCUACAUUCGACCAGCAGUUUUGUGUUCCUGUCGUGUGUGUGCUUUUGUAAUGCCCUGCAGCCCAUCUCCCGCUCGUUUUGAGCCAACCUCCCCCAGGUUUGCGACGGCGAUGGGCUGUGUUGUAAUGGGAUGUGUUGUGGUCGUUUGAUGCGGGCUGUCGUGGGCUUGAGGCAAGAAAUACGAGGCGUGAACGGUUGUAGAAUAGGCUGUAGGAGCUUGAAGGCUGUAGGUGUAGGUGUAGGUGUAGGUGACAGCGGACACUCAGGCUGUUGAGGAAGCACGUUGACAAGAGAAAGUGACAAGACAUUGUGUUCGGUUGUGCACUUGACGUGUUUGGGGGCUGCUGUGCGGAACGAUAGUUUUGCUUGUUCUCCCAUCCCUCGGCUGGCUGUGUAGGUGUGACAUUGAACUUUUGUGUUUCGCAAGCAAUGGGGCGUGCAGCCUGCAGGGGAGUGGGGGGGUCGACCGACUAGCACGCCACUCAACCAACCACCAUCGUGGCGCGACGUCCCGACAGCAGAGCACCGUUGUGUAAGACAGUGCAACUCCCGCCACUUACUUUCCUGUGUGAGAAGAGGACAUGGCAUGUAUCGCCGAAUGGAUCUGGACGGUGGUGAAACUUUUUUAGUGGGGACUGUUUUUGUUGGGGGUGUCCGUUUUACGUCACUUUUUGUUCCCCUCCGCCUGCAUGUAGUUUCUGCUUGUGACUGCCUUGGUGGUUGACGGCGUUUCAUUAUUUCCGCCGACGUGAGUCAUGCUACUCCAGGCGUGUUACCAUUCACUUUGCUAGAUACUUUGUUUAUUUCGUGUGCUUUCUACGACAGCGUUCACGUCGGUGCUGUGGAGAAUGUCGUGUAGAUUUAGUGUUGGUGUGUAUUUUGGGCGCCUUUUCCCCCUACAAACCUAGAAUAGUAGUCGAAGUGACGGGCGGGUAGUAUGUUGUUUGUCGACGACGGACAACGUGUGUAUAUGUACAGGAGCAAUGACCAUUCGUGUUGCUUGUCCUUUACUAUAUGUCACGCCGAAAGAGCCAGGAUUACGCGGAGAGAGAAAAGGUGCCCGCAGUUUUUUUUUGGUCGGGUUUUUUGAAAGAACCGUUUCGAAGAACGGUUCUUUCAAAAAACCCGGCGACAACACGUCACCUCGUUAUACCUUCUGGGAUCGUGGAGGCCGCGAGAGACAACAAGGCGGAAACUGUUGUUUCUCGUUUUUUUGCUGUUCCUUCUUGUUCUCCCCUUUUUAAUGUCAUGUAUGGAUAUGUGUGUGCCAUCCCUUUGUUUGGUUUGGACCUUGGUACGCACGUAGUCACACCUGUCGGGACGUUUCUGCGGACGCACCGGACAGACAAGUUCACGUACGCAUGGGAAUUUUCUUUUUGUUUUUCUCACCUUCCUUCUGGGCUGCUUGGCUAAGAUGUUGUCAUCGCGAUAAGGAGGAUUCAGCCGCGCCUUUCGGUGAUCGAUAUGAAGUCGAGGACAUGGGGCAUCAUGGCCAUGAUUCCGCUCCUCUCGGCAUUUUUUUUGGGGGGGUGGGUGGGUGGGUGGGCUCAAAAGUGUCCUCAAGUAAUUAUGUCUCUUUCUUCGACACAUCGUUUUCUAGUUGUGUAGUGAUGCUGCUGACGCACGCGGUGGUCCAGGGCAAGGCCUGAGCACAAACCAAGAUUUCUUCCAAGUAUCCAGUCACAGGUGGCGUCUCCACUGCCGUGUGUAAAGAGGAAGAAGAGGAUUUGUGGGCUGCGAUCACACCGCGGCUUUGGCCGAGCGAUAUGGUUGGCGAGAAAAGGCGCACACAUCUGUUCUGGUGCUCGAAAGCUCGGCACNGGGGGGGGGGGGGGGGGGGGGGGGGGGGGGGGGGGGGGGGGGGGGGGGGGGGGGGGGGGGGGGGGGGGGGGGGGGGGCUCGAAUAUAUGGCGGCAUGAGAAGGCCUAAAGAAGUACAUGUUCACGAGGGCGAUGGACAUCGUACAACGCGAGCAUGUAUACAGGAAUUUCUUCUCCUGCUGUGGGGCUGUUUUAUACACGGCGAUUUUGCUCCCAAGUUUUUCAAAUUUUCCAAAUCCGUAGACCGUUGAUCCUUCGUUUUGCGGCCGAGGAAAAUAUUUGGGAAUCCGGAAAAAAAUUGGAAACUACGGGCGCCGAAAAUCUGGAACGAGUUCGUUCAAUCUGGAGAGUCGGGAUUUGGAGAUUUGGAGAGAUUGGAAGCAAAACGCGCUGUGCGUUAAACGGCCCUUUCUUCCAGGGGGGGGCGGGGAGGCAUCUCAUGUGGUCGUGUCGACGGCUGAGUAUUUCGGGACCGGGAACCCCGUGAAGCAGUGAAUGCCUUGUUAGCCG